CUGCGAUCCGUCGGUCGUCCGAGUGAAAUCGCUUCGGUGCGCUGCAGAUGAACGGCUGGCUGAAAAAAAUGGAAAGCGACACGGCCGUCCGGAGAAUAAAACCCUCCGGGACUCCGCGCUACGGCGCGGAGGACGGAGACGGAGUCUGUGGCCGGAACUGCGAGGAUAACGGCUACAGCGGCGACCCGAAGAGGAAGCCCGAAGUGAGGCUGCUCUUACUGCGGGAAGGACUGGCGGCUGCGCUGCUCUCUGGGUUUGUUUUGCUGCUGUGGGGACUCGUUCAUCUGUCGCUGCAGCAGCUUGUCAUCGGGAAGCCGAGUGGAGAGUUUAACGCGGAGAGAGCAAGGCGACACUUGGAGCAGAUCACCGGCGUCGGCCCUCGGCCCGUCGGCAGCCAGGAGAACGAGGUCCUGACGGUGGGCUACCUGUUGGAGCAGAUAGAGGACAUCCGGGCGAGGACGGCGGCGGGGCCUCACCGGGUCACCCUGGACGUCCAGCGCCCCACCGGCUCCUUCUCCAUCGACUUUCUAGGAGGCUUCACGAGUUUCUACGAUCGCGUCAGCAACAUUGCAGUGAAGCUGGAGCCCAAACGUGGAGCCCAGCACUUCAUGCUCGCCAACUGUCACUUUGACACUGUGGCCAACAGCCCAGGCGCCAGUGACGAUGCGGUGAGCUGCGCUGUGAUGCUGGAAGUCCUCCAUGCUCUGGCCAACCAGUCCACUCCUCUCCACCACGGCGUAGUCUUCCUCUUCAACGGAGCCGAGGAAAAUGUCCUGCAGGCCAGUCAUGGUUUUAUUACCCAGCAUCCCUGGGCCAAGCAAGUUCGUGCUUUCAUUAACUUGGAGGCUGCAGGCGUUGGCGGCAAGGAAGUCGUUUUCCAGACAGGGCCGGAGAACCCGUGGCUCGUCCAGGCUUACGUUCAUGCGGCCAAACACCCCUUCGCCUCGGUGGUCGGGCAGGAGGUUUUUCAGAGCGGCGUCAUUCCUUCUGACACAGACUUCCGCAUUUACAGGGACUUCGGAAACAUCCCAGGCAUCGAUCUUGCGUUCAUUGAAAACGGUUUCAUCUAUCACACCAAAUACGACACGGCCAACAGAAUACUGACAGACUCCAUCCAGAGAGCCGGUGACAACAUCUUAGCUGUUUUGAAGCACCUGGUAACGUCAGAGAAGCUGGCAGACUCCUCAGAGUAUCGCCAUGGGAACAUGGUGUUUUUUGACCUGCUGGGGGUGAUUGCCGUUGCCUAUCCGGCUCGCGUUGGCACCAUCAUCAACUACAUGGUUGCCGCAGCCACCUUCCUGUAUCUGGCCAAGAAGGCGUCUCUGCCCGGCAAUCGAGGUGGGCGUUAUGUUCGGGACCUGGCCUGUGCCACGGGCGUAGCGGUGCUGGGCUGGUUCGUCACUCUGCUGUCGGUGCUCAUUGUUGCCCUUCUGGUCACUCUGCUGGGACGCUCCAUGUUUUGGUACACUCACUUCUAUGCUGCCAUCUGCCUGUAUGGAGCUGCAGCCACCGGGAAAAUGAUUCUCAUCCACACACUGGCCAAAAACCUGUACUACGGAGGCGUCCGUCUGGUGGAGCUGGGCGAUCUGUAUUUUGAUGUGAGCUUGCUGCUCUGGUGCUGCAGCCUGGUGUGGCUCACCCAGCGGGGUUUGUGUUCAGCCUACGUUCCCAUGCUGAUGGUAGCCUUCCCGCUGGUCACCAGGCUUCUGCUGACAAAGGAAUUUAAACACAGAGGAGCAUCACUGAAGUACAGCGGUCUGUAUCUUUUGGGCCUGGCGCUUCCCUAUCUCCACUUCAUGUUCCUCUUCUGGGUGGUGUUUGAGAUUUUCACCCCCAUCAUGGGCCGCAGCGGCACAGAGAUCCCCCCUGAGGUGGUGAUGGCCUCUUUGGUCACUUUGACAAUCGUUUUCCUCUCCUCUUACUUUCUGCAUUUUGUGUAUUUGGUGAGGAGCACUAAGUGGAUCCUGGCGACUCUGGGUUCGGUGUUUGUUGUCAUGUUCCUCUUGGUGUCGGCCGGCCUCUUCUUUCCUUACUCCGGGAAUCCAAACAGCCCACGGCCAAAGAGGAUAUUCCUGCAGCAUACGACCCGGACCUUCCACAACUUGCAGGGCCUGGUGGAGAGCAGAGACUCUGGCAUCUGGAUCAACAGCUUCGACUUCACCGCAGUGCAGCACGUCACGCCUCAGAUCCCCGAGAUCAACGACAGCAUCCGGACCCGCUGCCGAGAGGACCGACCCUUCUGCGGUUACCCCUGGUUCCUGCCUGUGAAGUUCCUCAGCAGGAAGAACUGGUACCUUCCCGCCCCGGAAGUGUCUCCUGGCUCUCCGGUGGACUUCAGCCUCACGUCCAAGGAGGAGACGAGCUGGGGAACUGUCAAGAUGACCUUCAGCGUCAAAGGGCCCAGCCACAUGUCUCUGUAUCUGAUGCCUCACAGAGGAGCCAGUCUGUCCACCUGGUCUCUCGGUGACGGGACGCCUCAGUUUGACCUGAACGGAGAAUACUUUGUCUUUUAUUCCCAUGGCCUCGAUGCCGCUCCAUGGACCUUUUGGUUUGAAAUACAGCCCCCGACAGAACCAGAUCCAGCCGGCCCCGAGGGGAUGAUCUCCGUUGCCAUAUCGACGCACUACUUCUUCGGCGAAGACCGACGGACUGCUCAGCUGGAGGAAAUCCUCCGGAAGUUUCCCACCUGGGCUUUCCCCUCCUCCUGGGUCAGUACCUACGACAUGUACCGGUACUGAGGACUUCGCUGCUGAGACAGAGGAGCGGCGACGGCCCACUGAGACAGCUCAGAGAACGAAUCUGCUGCCUUUUACACUAAUACGCGCGCUGCGUGCCGCCCCGCCUGAGAGAGAGAGAGAGAAAGAGAGAGACUGUGUCUGUGAUGACUGUGCCAUCACUGUGUCGGCGGGCUGAGCAGCUGACUGAGCAUCAUCGGCGCUCAGGCCACCACAAGCCUCGUGCUCUCUACUGGGUUAGUGAAACAAAGGAGUCUUAAAUUUGAUUUUUCUUUUUUUGUACUCAGCUGUGCCUUUGAUUUCCACACUCUCACUCUUCCUCCCUCACGUUUCGUCCCUCUCACACGCAAGCGCCGAUUCACGCCGCACGUGUAAGUCGCUCCGUUUACCAGCAAACCUCCCGGGCUGCCGUCACACUAAACGUGCCUCUGGAUCGGCUGCAGACGUCUGUACCGUCCCGACGGGGGAGACGCGAACCCGCUCUCGUGUCGGCUCCUUUUUAUAAGAAGUGAAAAAAAAAAAAAAAAACGGAGCUAAUCGUGCACUCCGUCAAAUAUAUGUUGCAAAUCCCGACGACUAACCAUAAAACUGCUUGUUGUUCCUUCCUGUCCUGCAGAUUUAAAGCCAACAACAUCCACGGGUUUAAACGAGAGAUGUUAAUGUCUGCUCAAGCUGUUAAAAAGGCAGCAAAAUCAUAGCGGACCGACCGAGGUGUCAGUGUUUCUAAAAGUUCACUAGAAAUAAUAUUCAGAUGCUAGCUUUGACAGAGUAAGAAAGAAAUGGAGAGAAUCCCGUCUUUGUUUUAUUUUCUUUUAAAAUCUAUCCCUUGAGUCUUUGAGUAACAAAACUCUCCUGUUCUGUUCCACACCGAAGUGAUGCUUACUAACAUUUUGUUACUUUUCUUAGACCUGAUUAGCCUUCAUGGGGGCUGCAGCAGCUCCACAGUGACUUUCUUUUCCUUAACUGGAUUUGUUUUGUUCCACUUGAUUGUUCUGUCGUCUCUUUGUGGCUCCAAAUGAAUCUAAGCAAUGAGAAAGUUAUGUGUAUUAGUUAUAAUCUAAUUAAGUUCUUUAACAGUGGAAGUUUAGUGAGUUUAAUACAAAUUUGUAAAUUUGAUUAGGAAACACUACAGCAAAAAACAUUCUUUGUUUUAAUUUCAUUACCUUUUGCUCCUCACAUUAGUGGACCGGAAUUUUACCACAAUCUGUUCACAAAUUUUUUGAUUUUAUGGAUUGUAACUUUUAAUAAGUAGCUCCAAAGUUAUUCAAGGUAAAAAAAAAAAAAAGAGAGAGAAAAAAAUCAUUACUUUUAAAUCUUCAUGCAGCAAAUUUUCCCCUGAAAUUAAGGAACUAAUUAUAUUUAAAUUUUAUCUUUGUAAAAAUGGCCAAAUAUUUUAUGGAACAAAUAUAUUUCAGUGUAAUUGUUAGAUCGGAUCUGAUGCAUUUUGUUAAAAAUCCAUAAACGUCAUAUGAUUUGUCAUAUAAUAUUUGACAUUUCGUUGUCACACAGAUUCGUUCUUUUUGCCGGGAAAGAUUUACAGGAUGCUUUUUGUUGACUUGUUCCAGCUCCUCCUUGAAAACGACCGUAAACAAUUCAUAUGCAAAUCUUAAAUCCUGUUGUUAAUUUAAAAUAACUUGCUGUGUGACCGGACGACAACUAAACUUUGAGGACAUGAGGAGCGUAUGCGAGUGUAAAAACAAAAAUCCACCGGUGCUGCUAAAGGAAGCCUGUACGACGUUUGGCGUCUUAAGUUGUUUCUGUUUUAUCUAAACGUGGAGGAUCGUCUUGUCUGAAUAACAACCCAGCUACCAACGGCCGCUUUAGCCUCGAGACGCAGUGAUCAACACCGCUAGUUAUUGAACCCGUUCUACACUGAAUGUUAAUGUUUAGCUGAUGAUUUUGUAGAGUUAUAAACUGAAAUGAUCUGAAUCUCAUCAGUCCUGCAUUCAGAGAGAUCAUGCACUGAUGUGAUGCCUCCACCUUUAGAGCAACUGAGGUGGAUUCAAGUUGAAACUUUUGGGAAAUGUGAUUCAUUUAUGUUCAUUUGUGCAGAAUAGAUGACGGGACAGAAGGAGGCCUCACGCUUUCUGCUUUUAAAGGGCGCACAGAAAGUUUUAGUUGGUUUGCAAAUGUUGGAGAUUAAAAUCUCUCCCCUAGGUUCAUGUUCAAGUUGCUUCUACACUUCUGCCUGCAACACAUAACAUUCUGCAGCAGAUGGAGUUUGUUCUAUUAUUUGAGGAGUGGAAACAACAAAUUAAUACCUUUUGAUGAUUUAUAGAAACGUAAUGAGACGUGCUUGAAAGUUUUACCCAGCUGCUCUGGAACAGCUACAGCUCUGUUCUUCUCAUCAUGACAAAGUCCUGAAACAUACUAACAAACUGUAUUUCAGUUUUUUUUGUUUAAUGAAGUCUUAUUUUUUCUUGAUGUGACCUGAUAAUACAACGUAAUUAUUCUGCUAAUUCCAAAAACCAGAAAGUUUUUGGAACUUGUGGGUGCACAAGCUUGGGGUUUAUUGUGAGGAUUCCAGAAGCGUUGGUGUAAAGUUUGGGAUGAUUUUCCAGCUGCAACGCGGAGCUGUGCCCAAUUUUCAACAAUCUAACCCAAACUGUCCUCUUCAGAUGAAGGGGAAUUGGCUAAAAGAAAGUGGAAGCUUCUGGAACAUCAAGUUUAAACAAGUUCAACAUCAGCAUAGAAAUAAGACAGAAAAGGUCCUGCUUCAAAGGCUCCUUUCUUUGCACCACUCUGCCAUGAUGCUGCUGCCGCCAUUAUCCUAAACACACACUGAAACUGAUUUCAGGCCCCACAUGGGCAGAGGUGAUGCUGUUUAAAUGAGAUUCACUAUUUCAUACGAGAAGAGUAUUGAAAAGACAUUCAAACAUUCGUUGUAUGUUGUGUAAUCAGGUCACUUUGUAGGAAAAGCAAACUAAAAUAGACCAUUAAAAUACUCAAAAUGAGGUUGAUUUAUCAUUACAACUUUCUCCUUGUGACCAUCUGUUGUGUUAAAGUUAGACGCCACGUGAUGUCGGUAGACUUAAACGGCAAACGUGGACUAAUUUAAAUAACAGUUUAAGUUCAUAUGCAGUAUUAAAGAGAAAAAAAACAAAUCUACGGAAAGUAAAUAUUUUUCUAAACCUAGUUGAGAUUUGCAAGCAUAAAUAAGCCUAAAUAAUAAUCAUUCCUUUAUUUUCUGUGAACAUAUUUAGAGGUCCAGAGUAUUUCAAGAUGUUUUGAUAUUAAUGUUGGACGUGAAAGUUGUGAGAUGAUUCCUCUCACAACUUUCACGUCUCACAACUCCUCCUCCUGUGCUGCUGAUGCUCCCACCAUUUGACCACAGCUGCUCACACGCCUUGUGCAAGACGAAUAAAAAAAGGUUUCCUGGAGAAAUUGAACUUUAAAAUUAGAGCCGGUGAGGUAAUAAAACUGACCAAGCACUGAGUCUGUGUGUUGUGUUCUGCAUAACCUCACACUUGGAUGUAGCUUUAUUGUAUCAGGUUGAGAAAUCAACUGCACUCACUCAAAUGUCUUAAAUACCUUUUUUUUUGUUUUUGUUACCUAAACUGUUGGCUCAUGUUUUUUCUUUUAAAUGUUCUGAUCGUUAACAGGAAGGUGGGUCAUUUUCAUCACCAAUAAGACAAAUGUUAGUUUUAUCAGUCGGCUGUGAUGUCGUUUUGUGGGACUGAUCUGGUUAACUGGGUUUCUAUCUGUUGAGAUUUUACAAUAUGCAAAAUGGUUGAACUAAAGUAGCACUUGUAAAGAAAUUAAAAUGCUUCUAACUUUG